AUGCCGAGUUCAGAUUUGGGAAAUGAGGAGAAGUCCAAAAAGCCAGCGACUCACGCUGAGCGCAAUGCAGCUGACUUGGAAAAAAUGUCGGGAGAUUUUGAAGAAACGGAAGUUGCUGCAGGAAUGACGGAUGCCUUGAAAAAUGUGACAGUAGAAAAGCAUACAGAAUCUCCAAUCGUGAAGAUUAGAAUCAAAUCUGAAGAUGUUGAUUUGAUCGUGAAUGAAUUUGAGAUUAGUCGAAUCGUCGCUGAAAAGAAAUUAAAGGAAUGUCGUGGAGAUGUUCGUGAGGCUCUUUGUACUCUUUGCAAAUAG